UUCAAUUCCCAUGAUUCUCUGCUGUCAUGUGGGCGAAGGAAGCUAAACCGAUGAAGAGGUGCUAGUUGGCUUUACUUGAUUAAAUCUUGAUUUUAUCAAGUUAAAUCCGCCUUGUAAUUAUUUGUAAAAUUAUCUUAGUAAUUUGGCAGCUUUUUGUAACCCAAAGUACGUGUGAAGCUUUGACGAAGCGUUGAUGUCAAGGAGGAAUCAUCCAAAAUAAGCUGCUCCAUUUUGCUGCCAUUGCAAUGAGGAUAUCCAAUGGAUGCCAGACUUCCAGAAAGAUACAAUGAUGGUGUUUAAGCUGCGAAGACUUCAAGUCCCUCUGUGAGACGACAUCUGAUGAAAACUUACUGCAGCUUUACAGAAUCCGGCAUGGAAGACAAGGCAAAUGGCUCUGUUGACACAAAAAGCCCGGUGGAGAACGGUCAGCUGCCGGACCCUGCCAACUGGGGGGUCGCCGACGUUGUCAACUACUUCAAAGCAACAGGGUUUGAGGAACAAGCCACAGCUUUCCAGGAUCAGGAAAUAGAUGGCAAGUCUCUGCUCCUGAUGACACGUAACGACGUCCUAACCGGGCUGUCGAUAAAGCUCGGCCCUGCACUGAAAAUCUACGAGUAUCACGUAAAGCCGCUGCAAACUCAACACCUGAAGAGCAACACCUCGUAGCAGCGCAGGCCGUCCCUAAGACCCACCUCAGUGACAAUCAUCGUGUCAGGAGACCCCAGGUUUAGCUGCCGCUUCACAAAGAAUCCUCUCGCCACAGUGGCACCUUAAACAGGAUUUGAAUGCUGUGUGUUUUUAUAAGCGUGGACCCCAAAUAUGGGUUACACAUGGAGUCCACUCAGCUGUUUACCCUUUCAGGCAUUCUUAUGUCUGCUGCUUGAGAUGUGUAUUUUAUGUUUUAGUUUGUGUUUUAUUUAAAUGAAAGAAAUUGGCGGCAAUUCUCCUCAAGUAUGAUUUUUUUUUUUUUGGUGUGAAUGUAAAUGUUUGUGUGUGUGUGCGAAGUGAGUUAACCCAUGUUGGUUUAAAAAAAAAGUAUUUGUACAUAAGAUGAUAUAUGAUUGAAAACUGUGUAUGUCCUCUCAUACCUGAACACUUUGAUACAUGCAGUACAUGAUUCUAAUGCAUCCCACACUGUCCUAAAAUCUGAUUUAUGCUCCAAACUGUGCAGCUAAGUCCAUCAGUCAUCCUUAGCAUGUAACAAUGAAGCAUCUUGUUUUCCCAGACACGAGCCAUUUGAAAGCCUUUUUGUUCCUGCACACCUACAUUAUCCAGGCUCAAUGCUCUUGAUAUGAAAAUAUUUAUAUGUAUAUAUUCUUAUUAUGUUCCUACCUGUGGUGCUCUCAGAAUUGUCACAGAGACAACUGUAUUGAAGUGUGUAUGACCAACGUAUAUGUGAAACAUAACACUGGAGUUUGAAAAUCUGAAUCAAAGAUUUGCAAUAAAUGGUGCUCUUUUCUCACCAAAGAACAA